AAAUACAGAAUCUCAUUUUCUCUUCCUAGUUUCCUAUAUAAACGAUCAUAUCCAAAUAUACUGUUUAAUAUAACUGAAUAUAUUGAUUAAAAAAAAAUCAGUUGAAAUAUCAAACAGAAUGGCUAAGAGGACAACUAACUAUUGGAGAUCAAUCCUUGCCCGGAUGGGGUCAAGCCACUCAUUUGUAACUGCCACUGCUCCCAAAUCUAAGGCUUUUACACCUACCAUGGACGAUGCUGCUCACUCUAAAUUCAGGGAUUUAGCAAUGAAAGGUGAGUUUGUACCAAUCUAUAUGGUGAUGGGAAUGGUGUUGGCUGCGUUGACAAUGGCAACACACACGGCAAAGCAACAACUGUUGCAUUCACCAUCUGUCAAUGUAAGCAAGAAGAAGAGAGAGACAGUGGCUGAGGUGGACUACCCUGAUGCUGCUAUUAUCUCAGCUGACAAGUUCAUCAACAAGUCCUUUCUAAGAAAAGUGGCUCAUAUCCAAGACGCCAAUCCCACUCUCCCUGACCCUACUCGACCAAACCCCUUUACACAAUCUAGAGAGACAGAGACUCUUAAAACAGUUGGUGUGAACCCAAGCCGCCAGUGAGUCUAAGCAAUAUAUAUUAUGUGUCUCUUGGAUUGGAUCAAGUGAUGAUGCCAUGAUGGUGGUAUUAGUAUACAUGUACAUAAAUUAUAUAUUGGUUUUUUUUUUUCUUUUGUUAUGUGAAUAUACCAUUUUGACAGUUUUACUACUAUACAGCCCUCACUCACUCACUCUCUAAUCAAGUAUCACCCUGUUUAAUAGAGUGAAGCAGAGAAGAGAGGCUCUGUUUUUUUUUUAGACUAUGUACUUUACUAUGGAAUUGAAUAAAACAAGAGACACAAUAGUUCAAAAAAAAAAAAAGAAA